AUGUCCGAGUUGUGCUUCCAGGUUGCCUACCCCGUGAGGGGUAAGCUGUGCAAUCAUGUAAAAAUUUUUUUCGACCUACAGUGCAGCUGCGGUAAUUUAUAAUGUUUCACGACACACGAAAUAGGUAAACGACUUGAAUUCAUCUGGACUGCUUUCGAUGCUGCAUAUUGUUCUUUGGAGAAAUGGGGCUUGGACGGGUUGACAAUAACGUUAUAUGGAAGCCGACAGAUACGUAGAGUUACGAUGAGUAGGGCUCAGGAAACAUCCACUUUGUGCAACAUCCUCAGUCUUAUUAUAGUCUUUUAGUCAAACUACUUCAAAACGAGCGGUAGUAUAAGUGGAUGGAGUAGUGGACUUGGCGUAGGCUUCGUUUACGCGCCGCGCAACAUGAUCGUUUCCAGCCCACUUUAGGGAACACUAACGUACUCACUGAUAUAUGAAAUACAUCGGUUACCUCCCUUUAUUUUACGCCGUCAGUCUAGCUGUCUAUAAGGAUGUGGGCGCUAUGCAGAAUUAGGUGGAAGAUGGCUUAACGCGAAGUAGCCAUCAUGUGCAACAGAACACUCAGACGACGGCCGGACUAGCAACGUGUACCUCCUGCGUUAGUUUCCAUUACACCAUUGACCAGGUUUUACACCGUCGAAGAACGCAUACAGGUGGUGUGUUUCAUCCGAAUAGGUCAAUCAGUACCAAUUAAUCCUGCCAUGUAUGUUUGUUGUGCAUUCCUGUCGAGACGGAACGCUUCAGACAGGAUAGACCAUCGCGAGAGAGAAAACUAAUCAGUAAAUAAAUCGGGAUUUGCUAGCUGUACACAGACUUCAACACAUCCCUUUCAUCUGGUCUUUUACCGUCAGUACCGGCAUCACAAACUCUACCAAGCUAGGCCUUACGUGCUUGUCUGUUCCUUUUUAAAGCCGACCACCCCAAGCAAAGUAAACCCUGGCUCUACCAGCUUGUCAACUACGUUCUGGCGCCUUUCAUUCUCUCGAAGUGGGUUCGGCCUCUCCUCUUCAUCAUCUUGCUCGGCUGGAUCUGCUUCUGCAUUGCGAUCAUUCCCAAUGGUAUUGUAAUCGGGCUGGACCAGGAACUCUCAAUGCCGCUUGACUCCUAUGUCCUUUCGUACUUUAAGGAUGUAGCCAAGCUGCUUGCUGUCGGUCCUCCUGUCUACUUUGUUGUGACCGAGGGUCACGCCUAUGACAGUCUCAGCGGACAAAAUCAAGUCUGCGGCCGCGUAGACUGCUACAACAACUCCCUUGUGGGGACGGUGAAGAUGCGCAUCGCUGAGGGUGAUAGGCAAGUGCUUACUACUUAUGGAAUCUAAAUGGUUUCUCUUUUCCCACGACACGGGACAUGAUCCACUGCAGAGGCACAUUCUACUCCACCUUUGCCUCCUUUGUUGAGGCGCAAAACGAGGAUAAUCCCAUAGCACCAGACAUAAGUCCGACAUGAAGGCGGAGUUGUAAUGUGAUCAAUCAUGCAUCUAGGGACGAAGAAUCCGUCUUGCAGUUUGUGAGUAAAUAUUCCGCGAUUUUGUGGAUGUUUUUACGCAUAGUCGGUCAAAUGUUGGCUGAAGUGGAUCAGAAAAGUGGCAAAGUCUAAGGAAACAGCCAUUCAGUCAGGCGUUAUCGAAGCGCUCUUAAUCUCAAUCAACUAAUCAUCUGUAGUGCCGGUAAUGGGCUUUUGUCUGAUGGCAAUUUCGAAUUAUCGGGCAAGCAUUAGUCGAUGCGCACGAAUUGUUACUUCCUGAUAAAAGGGUUUCUUUCGGUUUUAGAAAGGGUAUUUGAUUGUGGAGUAAUUUUUGAAUCCAACCAGGAAUUUCAAUUGGGCUACGGCUUUUAAGUAUUUACCCUAUAUAAUAAUUUUGUAAGUAUAAUCAUACAUUUCCUCAUGCCUUAAGGAAGACGUCAUAUAAUGCUCAGGAAAUUAAUUAAUAAAUGUAGACCAUGUGGUAUCCUUUGUUAAAAGAAUUAGUGUACGGACUGAUAAGACGAUGCAGAAAUGGACAUUUCAUACUCUUAAUAUAUCUCAUAAUUAGAAGUGGUCCUAAAAGGAAAGCGCUGUCCUGACGUGUUCAUUAUUAAAGGAACAUAAUAGUUUACCAAAUGAGCAUAAAAAGUAUGUUUAUGCAUGUCUUUCAUGAAACAAAUAGCUGAUUUCAAACAAUUCAUCAUGAGGAAACUGGGGAAAACUCAGUGCCAUGGUUAGAGUUGAACCCAGGAUAGCAAGGGGAGGCUCUACUAUAGUUAACGGUCUAACUACCUGGGCUACGAGGUCCCACCGGACGACGCGAGUUUAAUCACAUUUCGGUGGUGGUGCCUCGUAAAUCACAUGGCUAGAUCGUUAGCUGUACUAAAGCCUCCCCUUGCUCCCGUAGGUUCGAAUCCCACCGAAACACCGAGUUGUUUACAGUUGGGUCAAAGUGAAAUACCUAUCAGUUAAACAGAGAUGUCCAACUGAGUCCGCCUUCUAAAAGCGGCUGUAAAGAACUGAAUUUGAAAGCCGGCAUCAACACGUGACUUAAAUAUCUUUAGAUUAUUCUGCAUGCCAAUCAAUAUUCCUGUCUCACUUAAGUAACCCUUCUUCACCAGAAACACAUUUUAUGUUUUUGAUCAGCAUUUUAUGCGAUCAGUCAUUGACCGUCGCUGCUUUCCUCCCUUUCAUGAUUGCAUGACACGUUUGAAUCAGCACUUCGUUUAAAGUUCGUAUCUCUAUUUCGUACUAUACAUUGGAAUCCAAGGCCAUAGAUAGACAGACGAACACCAUGUAAUUGGUCGUCAAAUUGUUCUCACGUUAAAUGCCAUCUCAGCUAAGAAUAUGCAACGUCAUAGCUAACAACUGAACAAGUAACAGGGAUGGAUGUGGCCGCAGACAAUAUAGGCAGCUGCACUGUCCCGAAUGUUGCUAAUUGUAACGCACCGCUUGCGGCGGAUGAUUGUUUUGGUAUUAGCGUAUCAAUUUCGUAAUCUCCUACUUUGUGAUGGGUUGUCGUUACAGCCGAAUUUCAUAAAUACCGCUCACCUAUGUUGGCAUUUUGUGUCUAAAACUAGUGGCAAUUGGAUAGGUGAUACCCAAUAACGGUUACAACAUGGCAUGUGUACAUGCUGAACAGUCUUGUUUAUGUAUUAUUGUCCAUUUUCUUCCCUAUUGUAUGUCCUAUUGGGCAUAUGUUUUUUUCUGGCGGUUACUACACCCUUCGUUUAAUCAUCUCUGACCCACCUUACUUUCUGCUUCAGCUCUCGCAUUUCAGAGCCAUUGCUAUCAUGGAUUGAUGACUAUAGCAUAUGGAGCAGCGAUCCGGAAUGCUGUGGAGUGCUUGACGACCGGCUCACCUUCUGCGAUCCCGAUACUGCGACAUGUAAUGCCUGUCCCGUUACUAACAAUCGAAUAACUGGUGAGGCAUUCAGUCGACUGCUUCCCAACUUUUUGAGCCGAAUACCUAAUGAGAAGUGCGCCUCCGGGUAAGUAUUUCCUUAAUUAAAGGACGCGUCUUGAAGGCUUUUUGCAUUACCUAUUGAUGUGUUCCCAUCCAGUAUGAGUGAGCGAAAGGGGCUUUUUCAUCGGCAGUUCCUUAAGCUCGGUUUUACCUUUGGGAUAUAAUAGUACUGAAAAAAAUAGUUAUAUUAACAGUCCGAAAGUCGCUCCAGCUGCAUUUCAUUUCACGUUAAUCUUUUCGCUGUGCUGUGGAAUAAGAGCGAUCCCCGUCGUGUUUGAUAGACGAAAUGUCGGGUUAGGUGAGGCCCCGCAGACUGCCGACUGAGGAGUUAAAAAUCUGUGGUGAUGAAAGUUAUCUCCUUAUUCUUCGACUGAGCUGCAUCUAAUUCUCAGUUCAUACGAUUUUUACGAGAUUGUGUUAUGAGGCGUAUGGGAGCAAACGCUACCUUCGGCGAUGAUGGUCCUUUGAUAGUAUUUGCGCUCAUAUGUCCUUAGCAAGCUGUGGGCCUCAGUGAAACACACCAAUCGGACCGAAAGUUCCACAGAAUAUCCUCCUAUCGGGCUUAUGGAACAUUGCGGACCUAUCACUUCGGCUACUCACAUUUUGCCAUCAAGUGCUUAGUGAACGUAUUCAGGACAUGCUUCUGUUCAGUUAAUUUUUAUUUUAGAAAUUUUGGUUGGCCGUUUGUGAAUUCUCUAGUGAUUACACAAUGUCUAAUAAAACGAAGAUACGAAAUUAGCUGUCGGGCGGCCAAGUAAAAAUAAACAUGAACGUUUACUCAUUCAUUGCAAGUAGUGUACUUAAAUGUAAGCUCGGUGAUCGGCGAUGUUAGUGUGCGUCUGCGGUCUUCUUGACUCUGUCUUGACACCGGGCCCAGACGAGGGAAGAGGAGAGAGUGUAAGUAGAUGCGGCGCAAGUCUACUGGCACUAUAAACCCCUGCGCAAGUCAUCGUCCCUGCUCCCACCGUUGCAGCUGCAGCUGUGGGGUACACGGUGGACAUCGUCGAAAUCGACGGUCGAACUGUCGUGUGAGAAGCUUAAUGUGGGUCGAGUUUGCACUUAAAUUAAUUUAUGUGGGAGAGGACAAUGUCAGUAGAAAGAGAGCUCUACGUUGUAACCUCUGUUUCUUAAGAAGAACCUACGUCUAUUGCUCCUUUUCAUCUAUGUGCAGUUUUGGAUAGUGUCCGUGGAAAUUGGGCAUUUUGCUCGAACGAAAAGAUCACUUGGGACAAGGUAACAGUCCGGGACAUUCAUGAAAUGGAUGGUUAGUACGAGACUACCCCGUAGUUGCGUGUAGGAGAGGGGAAUAGUGCUGGGGGUUUACAGUCGACCUACAAAGGACAUUGCUCCCAGAUCUUUGGCCACAUUUUGCCGGCCUCUGGACCUUCGCUAAGAUGGUACUGUCCUUGGAAGUCCUGGAUCUCAAUACUUGUUUGGCGUACUUUAGAUGUGGUCGCGCAAGGGUUCUACUGUUUUGGAGAAACUGCCUUUGUCAGACUCCAUUAAGGCUCGCCUGUUGAGUUGCAAUAUAUGCAUUAUCGACUUGGCCGCCUUGGCGUAGUUUAGUAUUCGUUUGAGUGAAGAUGCGAUGCCCUUAUCCAAAGGCCUUUUGACUGUCAACUUGUUGCAUUGAUGUGACCUUUAGCAAGAACGUUAUGGGACUGGAGACUCAUCCGCCGACAAGAGGAAGAAAGUUGCACUUACUUGCGCUGAAGGGCAUAAACCGGCUCUUUGACCAGUCUUCGAGCCUUUUCGAGUUUAUUCGCAGAUUGUCUCCUUCUGGCCCAGUGCGAACAAAUUCCCACAAUUUCAUGUCCUUAGCCAACAAGAUAACACUACAGUCUAGUUCACUGACGCAGGCAUUGUUCCAAACAAAGAACAGCAUGGGGCCUUAAACUGAGUCAUGCAGAUCGCCACUCCCCACGGUAACCUUUGAGCCUGCCGGAGUCCGACUUGCACUCCUUAAGACUGUCCAAUCAAAAGGUUCUGAAUCCAUACAGGGAGGCUAUCACAAACUCCUACGUUGCGCAAUUUGUGAAGAGGGCAUUUGUGAAAGUCAGUGCGGAAGAUGUGCCUUCGUCGCGUGCUUUCUUCCGGAGUUCUAGUAAAAGGAGCAAAUUCGUAAGACAGGGCCUACCACUUCGAAAGCCGUAUUAUGCGCCAAAAAGGGGGAGAUUCUUUUUCAGGAACUGAUAGUUUUUUACUUGAUUUUGCAACAAGUGGAUGUAAGGGUCCGUGACAUGUAGUGAUUCACAGCAUUGAGACAUCAACUGUUGCAUAUAGCGGGGUGCUGGUUGCUGACUUCCAGUCUAAGGGCAAGCGCCUAGUAGCCAAUGUCGCCUGGAGGAGUAAGACUAGCGGUUUUAUUAUUUUAAAACCCAGUUCUUUCACAGCCUGUUUAAGAGGCGUUCUGGGACUCUUUAGAUAGUCCGUUCGGAUGUAUUUUACUUGAUUCGUCCGAUCACGUUAUUCUGGCACAGACUCUUCACAUUAGUUACGCAGUAAAUACUGUGAUCUCGCACACUUUCAAAGGCCCAUAGUUUUGUCACUGUGAGCCUUAUCUUCUGCUUUUUCUUCCUAGGGGAAAGGCGCAGUUUGGGGAUGCAGUGGCGCUGGAAGAUAGCGCCAGCGGCCAGUCCAAGAGGGUGGUAAGUUCGCACAUCAUGGCACACCACUCGGUUUUGAAGACCACGCCGGACUUCAUCGACGCCAUUCGAAAGGCGCGCGAGGUCACCGAUGCUUUCGGCGCCCAGUGGGCCAGAGAGGACAAUGGCAGCGAAACCUCUCAGACGUCCGCACCUCCGCUGAAUAGUGUUUUCCCCUACAGGUUACUCGUCUGCUCUGCUAUUACAACCUCCCACUUGCCGGUGUUCAUUGAGUUUGACUAUUCGCCCUAUGCAUUUAUUGACAGCUAUUUUUUUCUAAUCUGAUGCAGUUCAAAUUAGCGCGUGAGUAUUUAGAGGUUCCACCGCGGAUGUGAUUGGCCGAAAAUAGUCAAAAGAAAAGAAUGUGUACUCAAUACUAUCAAUUGCACAACCACCGUAGCUGCUGGCAAGACAUUCUGUAGAGAUUUAACAGGCACAAACACGACACUCCUGCCACAACUGCUCGUCGAGCUGUCUCCCAUAAUUGAUGGACUUGACAAUUUGUUUUCCACUGAAUCGUCUAGAUAUUACCCAUAUAUGCUGAAAUCCUUACUCUGGGAUGCUACGUCCCCAUGCAUCCUCUUUACGAUAUGUAACACCGCCCCGCCGGGGCCAGAAAUUGUGGACUUACAAGAGUUUCACCAGACUGGACAAGUUGGCGACAUGACGUAACCGGCUUACCCUCCAUGGUCACACCUUUGAAUUCAUCAUGGGUAGCAAUCGGGAGAUGGCACCCGAAAAAUCCGUUACCUAGAAAUAAUACCUUUAACAGUGGACUCAAACGCCUUCAGGCUAUAUCAGCGGUUGCAGGCCUACUUUCACGCACUACUUGGACUUUCCCGCCAGCCUAACAUGUGCUGGCCGAACGAACAUCGCAGGAGGUUACAUGGACGAUGGUGGCUGUUACCCAACCUUCCCCAUCGUUACACAUGUACACCUGAAUAUACGGCAUACAUUCGCAUUAUGGCAGUUUAUUACAAGACAAAAUCACUUUUAAAUAGGAUAACUCUGCACAACAUGGGACAGGAAAAGUUUCCAGGCAUCUGUCAAAGACAUGGCAUUGAGACCAAACCAAAGACGAUAGUGUACUUCGUCUAUGUGAGCCCACACAGCUCGACCACAUACAGGACCUCCCUCGUAGAGUUUCCUUUUCAGUCUACUCCAGUAUGCCUCAAUGGCAUAGGUGUGCUGUCCGGUGGUUGGGUCCUUGAAGUUCUUUGAGUGGUUAACAUAGAAAUCCAGAUAACCUUCUGAGGGAAGACGAAUAUACUCCUUCCACGCGUCCGUUAUCACUAUACUUCCUUUGGCGACCCAUUUUCUAAUAACGGAACGGAGAGCGGGCCAACUUCGAUCAUUCACCUGUUCAAAUAAGGCUUUCCGUCGGCUAUUAUCGUACAUCCCGACCAGCCACCACCCAUAAAAUCCCUAUUACCACCUGUCCCGUAAAACAGGCAUCUUUGGUUAGGCGGAUUUUUUGGGUGCCAUCUCCCGAUUGUUACCUCAUCAUGCUGUCUAAAAGAUAGAUUGUAUACAUAGUGACUGAGUAAUGUCGUAAAACAAAAAGAUAAGACCUGUUUCUUACUGGUUUGAAUGAAACUUUUAAUCGCAUUGACGCUUGUGUAAGUUCACCUGGAGCCAUACAGGUGUUUACCAAAUCCAGUGUUACGUUUUAUUCUCGCUACUGAAUUCAGACUGUUAGAAGUGGCAAUAUGUGUGCACACAAAGACGUGCUGAUAACGUCAUUAACACCUCUGGGCCAGAAUGUAGCUUUCUCACACCUAAAUCAUUUCACUUUUUAUUGCCGAGGCUUCACUUUAAGCUGCGGACUAACACCUUUUGUCUUGUAUUCGUUUGAGCUGGAAGGGCUAGUCGUGCUAUUCGUUGUCCUUACUAACUUGACGCAAUAAUUUUCAUUAUACUUUUUUUAGCAUAUUCUACGUAUUCUAUGAGCAGUACUUAACAGUGGCAAGGGAGACGGCUGUUCAGCUGGGCUUGAGCCUGGCUGCUGUCACUGUCAUCACUUGGAUCAUGCUGGGGCUGGACGUGGUGGCAACUCUGAACACGGUCCUCGGAGUAACCUCAAUCCUCGUCAGCGUCAUGGGCAUAAUGGUGUUGUGGGGCAUUUCCUUAAACGCCAUAUCAUUGGUCAAUUUAGUAGUGGUAGGUGGCAAUUUCUCUUUUUUCUUAACUCGAAAGAUGAUGGUUGGCAUAGGUCAACGUUUUUAAUUUGCAUGUGAAUUCGAAACUGCUUUCCACCUCUUUAUUGCAACAUUCAAUCCGAUUUUUUACAUGCACUGUGUCAUUUCGCAAGUCUGAUGUUUGAAAAUAUGUUUCGCGACAUCUCUCAAUAUCGGACAAACAGGAGAUUUAGGUUUUACCGAGAAAGGGAUGCGAAAUGUGUUUAAUUUGAGAUGUCUGUCUAUCACGAUGUCCGCCAUCUUGUUCGCCUCGUGACGUUAGCUCAGAGAAGCAACUACCUUGUCAUGUUUAUGACCGAUUGUAGAUGAGGGACUCAGGAAAACUAUUAGCUUGCGUUACACGCCUCUUCGUUUUUUAUGUUACUUGACUGCUGUGACUCAAUUUUAUAGUUGGUUUCCCUCUAGAAUAAGGGGGUAGAUUUUGAGUACAGUUGAGGUUGACGCUUUUUCAACGAGUUUGGGGUAUUCUUUAAGCGCAGGACAAGUAGGGGCUUUGAAGGUCGUCCCGUCUCCAGGUUUGGAACUUACGUCUGUUGACAUUAGGCAGGCAGUGAGGUUGGCGUAAUUCACUUCCCCGUCCGUUAGCCAUUGCUGUCUUUUAGUUUCCUCAAAGUUAUUGUUUAUUUUGAGAGAUGAACGAUUGGGAAGCAUCUCUAUCACGCAUUUUUGCUUGGCUAUCAAUGAGGCAUUCGACAACGACCGGUUGAAGUCGGCUGUUGGGCAGACACCGCUUCGCGUAUUCCCCCACACACUUCUCAUUACUUCCGAACGUCUCCAGCUCUGAACGACAAAAUGAGGAGUACUGGCUGAAUAUCAGAAUGCUGUUUCGAAUUAUGGCGCUAAGAGUCACAAUGUUACUUGGUUCUGUGUGAGAUGUCGUCAGGGCGUACGUAAACCGAAAGAUGAUCAGAUGUUUUAUCCUGUUACAUGAUCUAUGUAGCAUGUAUUUGCAAGUGUGCUGGAAGUACAUUUUUAUGUUUUCGGGUAAAAGGAUACCUCAAUAGCAGCCUGUACACGCAUGUUUCGCCAAUAUUCUGCCGCUGCAUUGCACAGCUGCGAGGGGUUCGACUUAUCAGUGGGUCCACCAGCAUUCCCCGACUGCAUUUUGUUAGUUAGCCCAAUUUAGAAUUUCGUUGUGUUUUAAUAUCCUUAGAAAUUUUCUGCGAACUUGGAGUUGAUCAGUAUAUUCUAGGGUCUAUAUGCGUAGACCUGAAUUCGAUGUAUGAAUAUCUGGCCUGAAUUCAUCAGUAUCAGCGAAAUAUUCGUUAACUUUCGACAAACAGCUAAUGGUAUAUUUUAGGGUAAGAUAAUACCAUACUAGCAGCACAGGUACUACAUAAAGGCCUAUACACUCGUGUCUCACCGAUAUUCUACCGUCGCAUGGCGUAGCUGCAAGGCGUUCGGCUCAUUAAUGGGCCCCCAGCAUUCCCCGCCUGUUUUCUGGUAGAUACUCCCUUGAGACACAUAUGAACACCAUUAAUAUUGUACAUCUUCACUCCUUCAUGUGACUGUAUUGGCCUAACGAAGAAUUACCGAAAACACGUUUUAGCCAACUUUUCUUUCCAAGUUUAACAUGGAAAUAUUUGCGGAAUUUAGAAAUUGUUGUAUUUUUGAUUUCCUCUCGGCGAUUAAUGAAUAAUGCGUGGCUAUCCGCUGUGUCUGAUGGACUUCUGCCCAGAUAUUCAUGCACAAAAGUUUUAGUCUACGCCUAUAGACCCUAGAAUAUACCGACUAACUCAAAGUUGGCGCCACUUGUGAGUUGCGCCGCGUAUUAAUUUGAUGCCGAGCAACAUUGAGAUGUUGACAUUGUGCUAUAAGACCUGACAUGUAAUUUUGUAUUCCGACCACAUUAUUUAUGCCCUGAAUUCGACUGGCGUCAUUUACAACUAGAAGACACAACCAAGGGCUUUUGCUUUAACUCAUUAUUAUUCACCGAAAUGGAUUACAACCCACCGAAAGGAGGGAUGUUAAACAAAUUGGAAUUUCCAGGUUUAUGAGAACCUGCGAAGCAUUUGAUUUUUUAUGGGCUUACGCAGUACUGGUUUUAUUACGUCAUUUCGAUAAUAAUUUACGUCAUGGUUUUGAUAAACAAUUGCGUUUUGUGAGUGAAAUCAGAGUGUACCAAAGUAAGUUGUCUGGUUGCGCUUGCUAUUUCCUUAGAUAAGGUCUGGUGACUUUAAAUUCUGUUCCGAUUCUCAACACGUCUUCUAUGCAUCACUGAGCCCACACUCUUUUUCAUUUCUAACUCCUGCUGGCAAUUGUCCGGUCUUGGUAGCAAUCACGGGGACCAUUGACUGGAAUUUCAGCCGAUGAUCCCGUCCACCUUAGCCGUUUGAAACAAUUAAUAUCAAGGACGAAUUUUUACCAAGGGAUAUUCUGCAGGGGAAAAGUUUACAUGCUAUCAAUUCUGCACGAACUUACAAAACUGUUUAUUGAUUAGACUAAAACUUAAAGACGUAGGGCAUCUUGGACCUGGCUAUUGCCCCCUCCCCUUAGCUUAGUCUGACCUAGCAGUUAGGAUAACUGUAUGUAUUAUCAGGACUUGAGUCGGAAUCUCUCUUCUCUUGCGACCACUUUUCGCCCUUUCGCCGACGAUGACAGUUUAGAUAAUUCACACUGUAAAAAACCAAUGGAACAGUUUACAAAAUCACAUCCACUUCCCAUUUGCGCAUAGGAAGGUACACGCUUCUUCAUUUAUUAGUAAAAUUUGUGUACACAGAAAUCAAUUUGCAUACGUUUAACAUUCCAUAAAAGCAUAAACUGACAUAUUGUGUGUGCGUAACUGUUAUCUUCCGUUCCCUUAUUUUCUACAAGUGCAUUGGAAUCUCGGUGGAGUUUUGCGCCCACAUUGUUCGCGCAUUUGCAAUCAGUACAAAGACGAGCAGAGUGGGACGUUCUCUGGAUGCCCUUGAUGAAAUGGGAUCUUCGGUAAGGCCAGAGAGUUGAUAGCUUUCCUCUCCACCUUUCGUCUCGGUUAUUCACUUAAUAUUAUCCAUUUGUUCACCACUGUGUCCGUCUGCUCUUGUACGCCUUUAUUGUGCUCCUGAAGGCAUUUAUUCAAAAAGAAAAUUCAACAGAACUUUGUUUAGUCAACGCCGCAUUUGCAAUUUUUAUCUUAUUUUGAGUAUUUUCCCAAACACUCCCGUUCUUCACUUCGUUUAAAAUCUGCAACGAUACCAGCAAGGGAUCUCCCUUAUCGACAUAUAUGUAAACUUGACCAUCAAGAAAUAUGGUCAGAUGGUAGUUUAAGACAUCUUAGGGUUUACAGUGAAAGUAGCGUUUUAAUUGGUCUGACAGUAGUGAUUCACGUGAGGAGGUGCCGGAUUUACUUGUCCGUCUAAAUAAUCUAUGUGCCAAACGGAUAUUAUAACAGGGCCUAAUUGUUAAAAAAUGCAGUCAAGUGACGUUGAUCAAAUUGUACCGAGAAUUCCUGCGUCCUAUCACUUCAAAAAAAUCGAGCAACCGAACUUAUAACUGAAUUUUAAAUUAAUUUGCUAUAUCAGUGUGAAAGACGGUCUGCAAUGAGGUUUGUUUAAAUCGCAUAACUGAGUUCAUUUCUUCUCAGUUUAAAAGCAUUUCCUGGAGAACAAAGUUGCCUUGGGUCACCACGCCAUUAAAACAUGGAUAUCAGAAAAUUCACACUUUGUUUAAAUCCAUACCAGAAUCGAAUAUGUUCGCACUGAACAAGAUGAUCAGCGAGAAUGCAGACUGGGUUUAGAUUAUCUCAACCGAUGCCUUGAUUUAUCAUAUGCAAUGGCACAUUGAUAUAUUUGCCUCCCGGAGCAAACAAGCUCAGAAUGGAUAACAAAAGUUUCCGAACAAGUAGCCAGCUGUCAGGACGACCAUGUUGGUGUUUCUGGCCACAGCCGGCGGUCAAGAUUCUAAUUAACUGAAUAAAAUCAGAAGGUACUUAAGGCAGUACUGAAUCAAUUUACUCUCAUUCUAUGUAGAUGCGUUUUCUGUAUGAGCUGUACAAUGCUUCAUUUAUAGCAGUCCGCGUAUAAACAUGUACUGGAAAAAUUUUUGAAUAACCCGCGCGGCAACUGUCGAGGAAGCUGGAUGUCGUUCGACAUACCUCGGGUCUCACCUAUGGUUCUGCCGUUUGUAUAUUAAACUCACACAAAUUCAAAUUGAUAUGUCCUACUUACUCACUGCUCUUGCUUUGCAGUAACAAAUAAUGGAUAGUAUGCCGACUCGAAAUGUGUUGAUACCGUCAAAUCCAGCUUCAAAUUAGUAAUAUACCGCAAUAUGGGACACUACUGAGGACAUCAUAAUGCAUCUGGUUAGUAUUCAACGGCUUUAGGGAAGUCAAUAUGUCAGUCUCUUGUUCUGCGGACGUGAGGGUGCUUAUCUCUCCUUCUUCUUCAAUCCGUUGGUUUAUUUGACUGUACCACAGAAGUUAUCUCUUCUGCUGUGUCCUGUUCUUUGAUAAGCACAAUUGUCCCAUGGCUCUUUCAACUGCCGAACAGAACAAGGAGUGUUUGUUUUAUUCUAACAAAACUGAAGCCGCGUCUCGUCGUUCAACACGUUACGCCUUCCAGUAUGCAUUUUUCUCGAAUAUAUAUGCACGCAAAUCCAUUAAGCACCCCCCCAUCUGGCCUUCUCCCACAUAAUUUCCAGAGGCAAAAAUACAAAGCAGUGAAUCAAAUCCCUGUAAUACAUGCGGAAUUGCCCCAACAGAGAUCAUAACAAUAGCAUUAACACUCAUCCUGGAAUAUAACCCAAGGCCACUUGUUUCUCUGGGCGUCCACCCCCCUGUAUCCUCCCGUUUCUUCCUUUAUGUUACUCGUGUUCGCUGUAAUUUGAGCUUAUCUAAACUUCCUAGUUAUAAGCCUUGCUUUGAUGCCUACUUAUCUGUUUUAGGUACUGCGAGGAAUCACCCUAACGAAAUUCGGUGGUAUCAUCGUUCUCGCCUUCGCAAAGUCUCGGCUAUUCCAGAUAUUUUAUUUUCGAAUGUACCUCUCGAUUGUCCUGUUCGGCGCUUUAAUAGGCAUAAUAUUCCUGCCGGUUCAGUUGAGCUAUAUUGGUAAGAGUAACUUACUUCUGUAAUGCCAUUAUUUCUGCUCCUUCUUGGUUUUCUUUCUACCGGCCUUGACCCUUUCAGUACCUAACUGUCUCACUUCUCCAUCUUUCAUUCAUCCGUCAACUGACUGGCUACCGGCGGGUUUUAAGAAUUUGACACUAACUCCUGCAAGGUGUGAUGCGCUAUGCUUGUCGAAAUGCAUUGCAAAGUAACCAAUAAGGCAGCAGUUUUUGAAGGGAAAUUUAGGAAAUUGGCAAAUCCCACAUUAACUCGCUUGAGUGCGUUUCGGAGAGUACAUGCUUUCCCUAACGUUUUGAACUAUCUGCCAUUUGAACUGAUCCUACAUGUUGAUCCUGAGCGCGGACCCAACUUCAGAGGCCAGUUGCUAGACAGCCUACCGGAUCGAAGUGAAAGUGCUCGGUUGGCUGCGUUUCCUUGCUUCUCCUUUCUGAAGAAGACCAUGCCGGCUGAUGAGGUUUAACGCCGUAGAGUAGUUGGUCCGUCGAAGCAACCGCAUCACACAGCCAACUUUACUCCCACCCAGGGAGCUCUGGUUGCAGUGGACUUUAGAUGAUUAGUGUUCAGCUUCAGAUAUAUGACAUAACAGACAAUUGGCUCCAUUCAUGCGUAUCACCAAUAUAUUUCGUUCAUAGUCGACAUUACAGCAACAUCACGACCAGUUUUGGUGCCCAUCAGAACGGUGUAAAUUUUUAACGUCCAGAGUUUCCACUGGUCAGCUAUUUGAGGGUGAAAAUAAUCUAUUCUCUCCGCGUCAGACACCGAUUGUACGCUGCGGUAGAGUUGACAUUUGAAAACAUUUGUUUGCCCGUUGAAUGCUAUUCCAGAGACAGGUUGGUUCGUGGUAUGCUAUGUAGGCGUAUUUUCUAACCUUGUAGUGUACAUUAUAGAAUACUUUCUAUUGAUACCUGCCUCCUACUAUAUCUUUAUUUAUUCGGUUUCUGUAAUAGGUCCUCCGCUUAACCGAGCUCUUUUAUACAAAACAAACCGCGGAGUAGAGGAUGAUGACGAGGAUUCUUUGAAAACAGCGUCUGUAAAGGAUACAAAUGCCAAUGUCUACUGA